AUGCAGGAGGUUGAGGUUGAAGCCGCAACCGCCGCUUCUCCACCACCUCCGCCUCGCCGUGUUCUUCUUAUAUCCGCUGGUGCUAGUCACUCUGUUGCUCUUCUCUCUGGAAAUGUUGUUUGCUCAUGGGGUAGGGGAGAAGAUGGACAAUUAGGUCAUGGUGAUACUGUUGAUAGACUUUUGCCUACUCAACUUAGUGCAUUGGAUGCUCAACAAAUUGUUUCUGUUGUUUGUGGAGCUGAUCAUACUAUUGCUUAUUCUGACUCACGUGUUGAAGUAUAUAGUUGGGGAUGGGGUGACUUUGGACGGUUGGGUCAUGGUAAUUCUAGUGACUUGUUCAUUCCUCAACCUAUUAGAGCAUUGCAAGGACUAAGGAUAAAGCAACUUGUUUGCGGGGAUAGCCACUGUUUGGCAGUUACCAUGGAAGGCGAGGUUCAGAGUUGGGGGCGGAAUCAAAACGGUCAGCUUGGACUAGGCACUACGGAUGACUCGCUUGUGCCACAAAAGAUUCAAACAUUUCAGGGAAUACCUAUCAAAAUGGUUGCUGCUGGGGCUGAACAUAGUGUAGCCAUCACUGAAAAUGGAGAGCUGUACGGAUGGGGUUGGGGCCGAUACGGAAACUUGGGACUGGGAGAUAGAAAUGAUCGCUGUAUUCCAGAGAAAGUUCCUUCUAAUGAUUUGCAGUGUGACAAGAUGGUCAUGGUUGCUUGUGGCUGGCGGCAUACAAUAUCUGUUUCAUCGUCUGGUGAACUAUACACAUAUGGAUGGAGCAAAUAUGGCCAACUAGGACAUGGAGAUUGCGAGGAUCAUCUUGUGCCUCACAAGCUUCAAGCCUUGAGUGAUAAGUUAAUUAGUCAGGUGGCAGGUGGUUGGAGGCAUACUAUGGCACUCACGACUGGUGGAAUUCUUUAUGGAUGGGGCUGGAAUAAGUUUGGACAAGUUGGAGUUGGUGACAAUGUUGAUCGCUGUUCUCCUGUGCAAGUGAAGUUUCCCCAUGAUCAGAAAGUUGUUCAGAUGUCAUGUGGGUGGAGACACACUAUUGCUGUUACCGAAAAAGACAACGUAUAUUCUUGGGGAAGAGGUACAAAUGGGCAACUUGGGAUCGGUGAUACCAUUGACUGGAAUAGUCCAAAGAUUAUCGAGGCUUUGAGUGUUGAUGGAUCUUGUGGGCAGCACAUAGAAUCCUCAAACACCGAUCAAUUAUCAGGAAAAACCUUUGCCUCCUUAGCUGAGAGAUAUGCAGUUGUACCAGAUGAAGCUGCGUCACUGCAAUCUGUAGAUAGGCUCGAUCUUAGUGUCCCAGAGAGUGAUGUCAAACGGAUCAGAGUUUGA